AUGAGUACAAUAAAAGCUGAUAAUUUAUUACGUUCAUUAAUUGAGUCUGGUCUUAGUCUUACGGAUUUUGCCAUAUUGGCUACUAAGGCAAUGAAAAUUCAACGGGAUUUUCGUUCAGCUAAUGAAGAACGUCGAGAACGUGAUCGAAUUCAAAAACAUUUAAAAAUUCGUGAAAAACGUAAAUUUGAACGUGAACUAAAAGAAGAAGAAGAACGUAGAAUAAAAGGUUUGGCCAAAUUAUAUGAAUUUGGUUAUGUUACAUCGGAUGAUCUAUUAACAACAAUAGAUAAUAAUAAUUUAAGAACAACAAGAACAAAUAAGUUUCAGAUAGCAAGUGAUGGUGAUCGAACAGAUGUUGAGAAUAGUUUAAUACCCUAUUUAAAAGAAACAAAUGACUUAAAAGCACAUCAACGUGAUUGUUGUCUCAUAUUUAACAUUAACAAUGAUUUAAGACUAAAUCAAGAGAAAAUUGAACGUGCAUGUCGACGAGCUAAACGAAAUAUUUAUCAGUUGAGAGCAGAUAGAUUUAAUCGACCAGAAUAUCGAACUAUUUGCUCGGUAGAAACAGCAACAUUAUACAAUAAGUUUAAAGAGGCCGUGAAAGAAGUAAAUCAUGUCAUUUCUGACACGAGUAUUCAUCCAAAAGAUAAACGUCAUUUAAAUGAGCUACUGACGUACAUUAAUCAAUUGGAAGGUGACGUAGGAUUAUUAAUGUGUAAUCUACAAUAUGAACCAAAAGUGAAAGAAACAAUUAUAUUUGCACCAGUCACAACUGAUAUUUUGGAUAGAAUGAAUUUAAUAUUACAUUAUGUUCAAACAUUAGCAGAUAACAUCAGUACCAAUAGUUUUAUGACAGAAGAAAAAGAAAAUAAUAAUAACAAGACACCAACGCCAUAUCGGCUGUCAAAAGCUGCACUGAAUCGAUCAACAUCUACUUUUCUAGACCCGUUACAUGGUUCUAAUCACAAAAUGCAAGCAACUACUAAUCAAACGUUAUCAUCAUCACCUCUAUUGUCAAGUUCAUCAAAAAUAUUUAACAGUGACGGAGUUUAUAAAGUUAUUGUCAAAACCUCUAAUAAAAUGUUCGCCGGUACCGAUGCAUAUGUAGACGUUCAAUUAACGGGUGCAAAUGGUACAUCUAGUAAAAUGCCACUUCUCCAGUCAGAGACAAAUCAAGACCCGUUCGAACGUGACCAUACUGAUACGUUUACUAUUGAUGUAAAGCAAGAUCUGGGAAAAAUUGCAAAAUUAACACUAUCGAUCGUGGGAGAAAAUAAAUCGGAUAAAUAUGAAUGUGAAUGGAUAGAAAUUAAUCAUCGUACAACAAAUAAAACUUACAGGCAUGUAGAUAUACUUUCCAGUGAUAGAACUUAUCGAGGAAAUAUACAACAGAACCUUGGAGGUGAUUCCAGACGAACAGAAUUGACUGUUGAUUUGGAAGAAAUGCCUUCAAGAAUUGGAAAACAGCAAUCAACCAAUACAAUAUCUGCAAUAACUACCGUAUCAUCCAAUUAUACAGCAUCUUCACAGGCUUCUGGAUUGACAACAAAAUUAGACAGAACUUUUGAUACAAAACUACCAUCGUCCGUUGUUCGUCAACUAUCUUCGACAUCAGUGGAUGACACUGUAAAAGAGCAAGUUAUUCCGCAACGAGCUGCCAGACAAGCAUUUCUCAGAACAAGCAAAUAUGAUGAGAAAAUUCAUUAUAAAAAAUUUUUCGAUAGUUUAUCGGCAUCUGAUAAUGAAAAUGAUGACUUUGAACAUAGAAAUAGAUUUUCUGCUGUCGACAAGCGGAAGGAUAAAAAAAGAUUGCAAAAGGAUAACAGUGAACAGUAUUCAAUUUCGAGAGAUGAAUCAGAAACGAUCAAUUUUUAUGAAACUCGAGACAAAUCAAGACAAAAAAACAAUCGAGAUAUUGAAAUCAAGGAAAAGUUAGUAUCUAAAGACAGUCCUCAAAACCUUGUUAUUCGUCCAACUCAAGGACAAUCUAGUCGAAAAUCUAAUCAGCAGCAAAUUGAAAGUACGAAUGAACGAGUUUUAACCGAGAUGAAGAAACAAGGUCAAUCAGUUCAAAAAGUUGAUCGGUCGGAAAAUUUGAUACCGACUGUAAUUGAAACGAAUAUUAAUCAAGUUUCAUUCCAUCCACUGCAAACAAGUAAAGGAUUAUUGACGGACACUACAAAUUCUGAUGCUGUUAUACUCGAACGAAGAGAAAUAGCGGCUGAAGCGAAACAACGACAAGUCGCUGAAAAAUCAGAAAAUACAAGUGAUAAUAAGUUGAUUAUGUUUCCACACUCACUCCUCCCAGUACAUAAUAGUGAUGUUGGACAAGGAAAUAAAACAAGCCGUUCACGUAAGAAUAUAUCUCAGACUAUUACAAAUGAUGCAAAAACUUUUUCUUUCUUUUUAGCUUCUUGGUUUCCAUCCAAUACGUCAGGACAAUUGAGCUAUCCAAAAGAAGAAUCAAUCAUUCCAUCCAAUACAGAUAAGAUUACACAACAAAAUAUAGCAAGGUUUAGAGUUUCCAGUUCUCUCACACGACAACAAAAAAAUGUAGUAUCGUCAAAACGAAGGAGCUAUGGAUCGAGCACCGUUUCUCCCCAACUUGUCGAUUUAGCAACACAACCAAAUACUAACACAUCUAAAGUGUCUUCCACAUCACAACGACAAAAUGAGAAGAUGUCAGUAACUAGCACUUUUUCCACACCCGUGCUCGGUUUACUAACAGAUGAACCAAGUACAACUAUAUCUAACACAUCAAGCUAUUCUAGCAUUACUUCAAAAGUAUCUAAUUUUACGACACCAGAAUCCACCAUCACUUCUUCAAAAAUAAGUGGAGACACAACAACUCAAUCUUCGGCUAGUCAAGCCAAUUUAAAACUGAACUCUACAGCAGCUCAUUCAUCGAAAAUUGUCACCUCAAUCGAAAAACAAAUGCAAAGGCCCUCUGAUUAUACGAAAACCAACAAAACUAGUAAUCAAAGGUCAAAUGUAACCGAUGGAAAAAGUAUAAAUCAAAAAGUUCGAUCAACAACGAGUGAAUACAGUGAUAAUGAUCUAAAAUUUGUCAAACAACAACAAACUGACAUUCUAACUUCACCAAUCGCAGCUGAUACCACAAGUCAAAUAGUAACUACUAAUCAUCCUAGAAAUGAUCAAGAACAACAGUCAGUAACUAUAAAGACAAGUGCUGCGAAUUCCGAUAAUGAUGACAAAUCAAUGAGUAGUAGACAAACUGAUACAUCGGAAGCUAGUGGUUUGAGUGGCAAUAUGCUAUCACCAGACAGUGCUAAAAAAUUUCGUAAACGGAAAAGAAAUCGUCGACAGCAACAAAGUAAACAAUCAUCGUUAACAGAACAAAGAGAUGAAUUAGUUAAAAUGGCUGAUGAUAUAGAGACAUUCAAUCGAGAUCAAUCGACGACCAAGUCAAGUAUAAUCAGCAGUAAAACGAAUAGUCAUGAACAAUUAGCCGUUCACAGUAGUCGAAUUUUUUCAAGCGAUAAUCGCACAAAACAGAGUAUACAAAACACGGAAGAACAAGAUCGAAGAUUAGUCGCUAGUCGAAUCAAUACAGCAGAUUCAGAUAAUUAUAUGGUUAAAGAACAAUCUCGACCACAGUUUGCUGCUCGCUCGCAUACAAAAGAUACUAUUGAUCGACUGAGAGAGAGAGAGUCAUUUAGUUUCAGUAAGUCUGAAAAAUCGAAUAUCAAUGAUACUGUUGAACGAGCAAAACGUUUAGCAAUCACUACGACAAAUAAUAAACGUCCAAAUUAUAUAAUUGAGGUGAAAACUGGCACUAACGGAUUGAAAGACAAAGAUAAAAAACACGUGUAUUUACAACUGCUCGAUAAUAAAAAUCGUACAACCGAUGAAAUUAAAAUAAUACCGCUUAAUGGGGAUGCUUUUGGAAAAAGAAAAGUCAAUUAUUUCAACGUGCGAGUACAACCUUAUUUGGAUCAGGUUGAUAACAUUCGAUUAUGGUAUACUGGUGGUAACAAGAAGGAUAUUUGGUCAAUCGAUUAUGUAAAUGUUUCGAAUAUAUUAACAGGAGUAAAAAAGAGAUUUACCACAAAAUAUUCAUUAAAAUCAGACUCAAAAGUUGAAUUUAUCAAUGAGAGUGAUUAUCACGAUGAUGAUUUUUACUAUUUAAUUCAUUUGGCAUCGAAAGAUACCGAUUUUAAUGGAAAACCGGUUGAUGCAUACAUUCAAUUGAUUGGUAACAAGAGCACAACUGACGUAAUUAAAAUACAAAUAGCACCUCGAAAAAAAAAGAAUGUACAAUUUGUUGAUCAAAUUAAAUCACUACAAAGAAAAGAUAUUGGAUCGAUAAAUAGCGUAAAAAUUUGGCAUAAUGAUAAGAAAAAUGUUAAACAAUGGAAUUUAGAUAAAAUCGAUAUUUACGAUAAUAGGCAACAUGAAUUUAUCAGUUUUAAUAUAAAACGUCACCUCGAUACGAAGCAUGAUGAUAAAAAAACAGACAUAACAUUACAAGUAUCUUCACGAGAAAAUUUACCAAGUAAACGAUUCAUCGUAUAUUUAAAAAAAAUGAGAAGUAAUCAUAUGUUUCUUAUAGAACAAAAUUCAUCAAUUAGUAUUUCAAAUAUUUUAACCACAACAUUAUCCGAGGAUGAACGAAACGACAUAAACGAAGUAUUGCCCAUAAGUAAUUGGUUAGAAUUACGUGAUCGGUCACCAUCAAAUAAUAGUGCAACAAGACCGCAAUCUGCUACAAACAGAAGUCAUUCGGAAAAAACAACUAUGAUCCAAUUUGAAAAUCAAAAGCAACAAUUAAUAUCACGCACACAACGUAACGAUGAUGAGAACUGA